CUCUUGAUUGGAUCUUACUUUUUUGUUUUAAUAAUACUGUUCUGUUCAGUUGAUACAACACAUAUGGUUCCACGUUUGUUUCCAGGGGAACGUUUUUAACCGAGGCUCCAGAAAAAUCAACCAGGAAGUAUACUAAAAGAUAAAAUGGAGGAGACGUCAAAAAGUGAUGCGGCUGAUCAGCCGACUAUUGUUGCUGCUCAAGUUCCCUUCCUUCACCUGUGCAAUACUUUAGAAAAAAUCCAGAAAUUGAAACUUCGUCCAGAAAAGUCCAAGACUCUUGGGGAUUUUAUUGAGUCAUGGAGAACGUUUCAUCAGGCCCUGCAUAAGGAUGAGCCCAAAGCAACAGACUCUUUCUACCCAGCAAUGCGUCUCAUUGUUCCCUCAUUCGAGCGAGAGCGACUGGCCUAUGGCAUAAAAGAAAGCAUGCUAGCUAAACUUUACAUUGAUGUAUUAUGCCUCCCAAAAAAGGGUCCCGAAGCCAACAAGCUAUUGAACUACCGCACGCCCACCACGUCUCCAGGAGAGUCUGGAGACUUUGCUGGCAUGGCGUACUUUGUGCUGAAGAAACGCUGCACCAGCCAGGGAAAGCUCAGCAUUAAAGAAGUCAAUGACUUUCUUGAUUCAGUCGCCAUCAACAAUGCAAGCAAAAAGAAAGACCUUGUGAAAACAAGCCUGCUGCACCUCAUCACGCAGAGCUCUGCUCUUGAGCAAAAAUGGCUCAUUAGAAUGAUUCUGAAGGACAUGAAGCUUGGCAUCAGCAAGGAAACUGUUCUUCAAGUCUUUCACCCGGAUGCCGCUGAGCUCUACAAUGUGACCACAGACCUGGACAAAGUGUGCCAGCAGCUCCACAGUCCCUCUGUGUCUUUGAGUGAAAUUUCCAUCAGACUUUUCUCUGCCUUCAAGCCCAUGUUGGCCGCUGUCGCUAAUAUCCGCAAUGUGGAGAAGCAGAUGGGAAACAGCCCUUUUUACAUUGAAACCAAGCUGGAUGGUGAGCGAAUACAACUACAUAAAGAUGGCGACGUGUACAAGUACUUCAGUCGAAAUGCCUUUGCCUACACACAGCAGUUUGGUGGCUCUCCUUUGGAGGGUUCUUUGACACCAUACAUCCACAACGUAUUUCAAAACCACAUCGUCAAUUGCAUUCUCGAUGGGGAGAUGAUGGCUUACAACCCAACUGCAAACACUUUUAUGCAGAAAGGGAGCAAAUUUGACAUCAAGAGACUAAUGGAAGAUUCAGAGUUGCAGACUUGCUUCUGCGUCUUUGAUGUGCUGUUAGUCAAUUCCCGGAAGCUUGGCAAGGAAACUCUAAAGAAGCGCUAUGAGAUCCUGCAGACAAUUUUCACUCCGGUUAAUGGCAGGAUUCACUUGGUGCUGAAAACAGAGGCUCGAACCAUGCAGGAUGUGGUGAAUUCCCUCAAUGAUGCCAUUGACAACCGAGAAGAGGGCAUCAUGGUAAAGGAUCCUCUCUCCAUCUACAAACCGGACAAGCGAGGUGAAGGCUGGCUGAAAAUAAAACCAGAAUACGUGGACGGCCUGAUGGAUGAGCUCGAUGUUUUGAUUGUUGGCGGUUACUGGGGCAAAGGGAGGCGGGGCGGUAUGAUGUCCCAUUUCCUAUGUGCUGUUGCAGAAGCUCCGAAGCCUGGCGAGAAACCCUCAGUUUUCCAUACGCUCUGCCGCAUCGGUUCGGGCUACACCAUGAAGGAGCUGUAUGACCUUGGCUUGAAGCUUUCCAAGCACUGGAAAGUUUACCGGAAAAACGACCCGCCAGCCAACAUUCUGUGCACAAUUGAGAAGCCUGAGGUCUACAUCGAGCCUUGCAACUCAGUCAUCCUACAGGUGAAGGCGGCCGAGAUAGUCGGGAGCGACAUGUAUAAAACCAACUGCACCCUGCGCUUUCCGAGGAUUGAGAAGAUCCGUGAUGACAAGGAGUGGCACCAGUGCAUUACCCUUGCUGAGCUGGAGCAGUUCCGCAGCAAGGCGUCAGGGAAACUCGCUUCGCGGCACCUUCAUAUUGACGCUGCCAACGAGCCACAAAAAAAAAGACAAAAGCUGCCUGCCAAAUCCAAGAAGGUUGUCAGGAUCAUUGAGCACUCCAAGCCCCAGGAUCUCUCUGGGGUUACCAAGGAGACAGACAUGUUUGAGGAUGUGGAGUUCUGCAUCCUGAAUGGGACGGAGGAUCACCCCAAAGCUGAGUUGGAGAAAGGCGUGGCCAAGUCUGGCGGUAUUGUCGUUCAGAACCCAGGGCGAGAUACUGACUGUGUGAUAGCCGGAUUGGAGAACAUGCGUGUGAAGAACCUGAUUUCGUCCAACCAGCACGAUGUUGUGUGGGCCUCCUGGCUGCUGGAGUGUCUGGAGCAGAAGCAAGUGGUUGCGUGUCAACCACGCCACAUGAUCCACAUGUCGCCCUCCACCAAGGAACACUUCGCCAAGGAGUAUGAUAGCUAUGGCGACAGCUACUUCCUGGACACGGACGAAAAGCAGCUGCAGGAUGUGUUCAGGCGCAUGGGACCGGUAAACAUCUCAACAGCCGUCAAUAUCAGCCAAGUAGAAGAGCGAUACGGCUGGGAUGACCUUCCCACCAGUAUGUUCAGACCUUUCACAGUUUAUAUGGAUGAUUACACUGACAUCAGUGACCCUAAAACCCCAAUUUCUGCAAGUUGUUUGGAUAUCAGGGCCCUGGAGUUUCGUUACCAUGGAGGGAAAGUGGUGCAGAAGUUGGAGGAAGGCGUGUCGCACGUUGUUAUCACGGCAGAAACAAGACUUGUGAAUUUGAGGAGAUUGAGGCGCAGCUUUCAAAAGAAGUUCAAAAUCGUCAGAGACUCAUGGGUGACCGAUUCAGCCGAAGCAGGGCAUCUGAUGAAUGAUGACAACUAUUUGGUUUGAAAAGCCUUCCCGCAAAACACUGCAUUUUAAUUCUUUCCUCAGCGCUAGAAGCGGCAUUGUGAAUGCUUAGAGAUGCAUUGUGUUAUCUAGCAAGAAGAAGUGAAUUAAGGAUUAUAAUGUGGGGUUGCACGAUUGGACUCAGGCUAGUAAAUUUCUGGAGAUGUCAUGACAUAUCCACAUUAUCACUUUUCUGCCCAUGAUUUUAGCUUUUGUCUCAUAAUAAUAAUAAUAAUUCAGAACCAAUAGGUUAUAUGGAGAGUAAAAUAAUUUCAACGUUUUUGCACUUAUCCUUGAUUUGAAGUUUGAAACUUUUAAGAGACGGCGCUGUUUGUGUGAAUGUAACAUUUUGAUUACUUUUUUUAGGGUUAAGUGCUUAGCUUUGAGAGUAUUUUUUUUUGUUUUGUUUUGUUUGGCUACAGCUGCAUUUUACCAGGUAUAAAUAAAUUAUUAUUAAACCUUCGCACACAGCUGCGAAGGUUCUGUACCCUCUGCUAUUUCCCAUAAUACAACUUGCAUAGCUGAUCUUGCAUAGCUCUUUUAGGACCAAUUAUAGUUAUAUCCCUCCAGAGUCAUGUAGUUCAUAUAUUUGUAUUAUGGGACAAACAGGAUUUUAUGUGUGAAAUUGUUUGUUUUCCAAUGCACAGUAGGGCUGUAUUUUUGAUUGAAUGUUUUUAACAAAAAUAAACAUGGCAAAUAACAAUUUAAAAUGUUUUUCCCUUUUCCUUACUAGGCUUUACACAGUCAGGAUUUUUGGGGCCGAUCACCGAUCAGCGAGUUUAAAAAAACGAUAACCGAUCACCGAUCCGAUUACAAGAUGGAGCAAUGUGUCUAUUUAAAUGACUUGUUCAUUUACUAUAUAUACUUGUGUACUUAAUUGUUCAAAAAAUUAUAUUUACAAUAAAUAAUGUAUCUUUGUUUAUCUAUUUAUGCCAGUGAGCCAUAGUGACAGACAGAACAAAUGAAUGGCCUUCUAUUAGUUGUCCGGAAGUACAUACAGUAAUUAAUGAAUCCACUUUUUGUGACAUUUUUGUUUGUUGGUGUGCCGUGAGAUUUUUCAAUUGUAAAAUAUGUGCCUUGGCUCCAAAGGUUGGAAAUCACUGUCUUUCAGGACCUGAAGUGGGCGACCAACAUCAACUCCGUCCUCAAAAAGGCCCAGCAGAGGAUGUACUUCCUGCGGCUUCUGAGAAAGCAGGACCUGCCACCGGAGCUGCUGAGGCAGUUCUACACAGCGGUCAUCGAAUCAGUCCUGUGUUCUUCCAUCACAGUCUGGUUUGGUGCUGCUACAAAAAAGGACAAACUCCGACUGCAACGGACAAUCAAACCCGCUGAAAGGAUUGUCGGUACCCCCCUACCCACCCUUGAGGACUUGCACGCUGCCAGAACUAAGACAAUGGCGUGCAAAAUCCUCUCGGACCCUCCGCAUCCCGGUCACCAGCUCUUCCAGCUCCUUCCCUCAGGUAGGCGCUACCGAUCAAUGCAAACUAGAACUAGCAGACAGUCCAACAGCUUCUUCCCUCCUGCGAUCAACUUCUUAAAUACCUAACCUACAUUUCCAUUACAACAUGCUGGCAAUUUGUUGACUUGAUUUCGUUGUCACAUUUCUGUGGGGCCAAUUAUACAUUACUCGUGCACUCACUGUAGUUGUCUCGCCACGCUGCACUAUCUGCAUAUCUGUCGUUGACCAAUACUGGCCACUCAUGCCAGAGUAGCAUCUGCUCCAUUUGCACACUGAUUGAGGAGUAUCUGCAACAUUUGCACGACCAGCAUUGUCCCAGAUUGUCGCACUACUCGUCACUUUAAACCGCAUACACUCCUUGAAGUCUCGGCGUCCUUUGCACAGUGGUCAUUGCACCGGACUAUUGCAAUAUUAGUCAUUCGAACUGCUCUAAGUGCUAGAGGACUCUGCAUCUUUUUGCACAAUUGUCCAAAAAAAAAAUAAUGUACCGGCAUGACCAGAUAACUAGCAACCCUUUACUGCUCAGUGACUGUUUUUGUUGUUGUUGUUUUUUGUUUUGUUUUUUGUCAAUGUCUUUAUUUCUCAAAAUUGUUCUCUGUCAAUUGACUGUCUGUUGUCGUACUAGAGCGGCUCCAACUACCGGAGACAAAUUCCUUGUGUUUUUUGGACA